CUUAGUCGCUCUGGCUCAGCGCUGUCUGCGCCGCAAGUGGCAGCGUCGUUGGACCGCAGCGCGGUUACUCGAAGCACUAGAAAAUUCUGUAGAACAGGUGGUGGAGCAAAAAUCUUCUUCUUGUACUACUCCAAACAAGGUUGCAGGGGCAACACCAACGACCGGAACAAGUAUGCCGGCGUCGUCGUCGCCUGACACAACGCGGAACUCCCCUGCGUCUAGUGCAGAGGGAGGCAGACCCGACGAAAACAAAGAACAAAUAUUACAACCAGCACCAGCUGCUGAGGGAC